UUGACUGUGAAAUGAGUUAAGAUCAGAGAUUUCAUCAUGUCUAAUCCUAAAAACUCUGCCAACCCACCAACAAAAACAGAAAAAGAUGUUUCACCAAAAAUCUUGAUUGAUAUCGUUAGGGAAUUGAAAAAUUAUGUCGAAACAGAGGCUCAUACCCUUGUUCACAGCCAAAAAGAAAUUGAUGAUACACUACAGAGCGGCGACCAAGAAGAUCAGCACAAAGAAAGUAGCACCAUCACCACCGGGUCUGAUCCGAAAAAGGUAUCAUCUUCAUGGUGUGACUGUGUUCGAAAGCAUAAACCAGCAGAUGGAGAAGGAAGUAAGGCAAAAGCAGAUAAAUCAGGUGGGGAAGGUAGCACCAGACGCGGUUGUGGUAGCACCAGACGCGGUGGUGGUGGUAUCGUCAACAGAGAUCCAGAUGAACAGAUUAAAAAGAUGGAGAUCAAUCUUGAACAAAUGGCGAAUUACUUGUCUAAUCUGGAAAACUACGAGAAAGAUUUCAAGAAAAAGAUUGAAGAUCAUCAAAAUCGCAUCGAGCUUCUUUUUAAAAAUAUCAAGGAGAUGAAAGAUGAGUCUUCCAAAGAUAAUAAUGAUGAUGAGAAUAAAUAUAAAUAUUCUAUUGGCAACAAGCUGUGGGACAUAAACAAGGAGAUAACAAAGUUGAAGCACCGAAUUCCUUCUUCGUUCCAAAAUACUACUGAUCAUCAGGAUGAAUCUCAGAAGAAGACGGAGGAGACAACAACCGGCCCUAAUACUCAAAUUGCUGUCGAUGAACUCCUGAGCUUAUACACCAGCAAAAGCUUUACACAAAGCUCUUUGCAUGAGGAAAUAGAAAGGAUUUAUAAUGGCGAUGAUUUAGAAGAAAAUGAGAAGAAGUGCUUGUUGUGUUUUGCAGUGUUUACUGAGAACGAGGAGCUGACUAAGAGGAUGCUGACGUAUUGGUGGGCAGGAGAGGGAUACAUACAAGAUGAUCCAAAUAAGAUGAUAUUCAUUGAAGAAGCUGCUGGGAAAAUCCUUGCUAAAUUCACUGAGAAACACUUGAUUGAACCAGUGUUUAGGAAGCGAUGGUCCAUUGCUAAAAGCUACAAGAUGCAGCCUAUCAUUCGGUCUGUUAUUGUUCAACUCGCGGCCAAGGAAAACUUCUUUGCUUACGAUGAUGAUAGGAACCUCAAGGCGAGAUCCCCCAAUUGCAAAAGGAUUUGUUUGGUGAAACAGAUAAUAAUUGACGAUCAAAAGGAUGAGAAGGAUGCUGCAGCUACCUCUAAACCGCAACCAGACCAGCCUCCAACAAACCCGAAAGACGAGAAAGAUGAUGACAAAGAUAUGUCUGCAGCAAAUGUGCAACCACAACAGCCUCCAAGGCCGAAAGAUGAGAAAGAUGAUGAGAAGAAUAUCCCUGCAGCUUCCAACUCUUCGAAUGCAAAUGCCCAACCACAACAGCCUCAAAAACCGAAAGAUGAGAAAGAUGAUAAGAAGGAUGCAAAGAAUGAGAAUUAUUCGAAAGAAUGGGAAACUAAUCUGGAGACAAUAUUCAACGUGGACGAGCCAUUUCCUGAUCUUCGAUUAGAAUGGCUAGCUAAAGGCAGAGAUAAGAAAUGUCCUACUGAAGAUGAAAAACGUGUCCAAGUAGAAGAAUGGUUAUCGAAAAUGAAAGCUCUCAAAGUUCUUUACUUGGGCACAUGGCGAGCUUCGGGUAAGCAUCAUAUCGAAGUAGAUAAUAUUGAAUUCUUGAAGGCUUUGAAGAGUAUGUCGUGUUUAAGGCUUCUUAGUCUUCAGGGCAUCUCUAGAAUCAUUGAGCUAAAAGAUUCGAUGAAAGGGCUUACUAAAUUGACAGUCUUAGAUCUCAAAGCUUGUCAUAAUCUAGAGGAGCUUCCCAAAGAAAUAUCAUAUCUUCAAAGCUUAACUCACUUGGAUGUAUCUGAUUGUUACAUGAUAGAUCACAUGCCUAGAGAGUUAAGUAAGUUGACCAAUCUCCAAGUUUUGAAGGGGUUCGUAAUUGGGAAGGACAAGAAUCAGAGUAAGAAGUUUUGUGCUUUUGAGAAUUUGGAUAAGAUGAAGAAGCUGAGGACAUUGAGUCUUUUCAUAAGUAGGAAAGAUUUCCCGUCUGCAAAAGAUUUGAAGACUUUUGGAUGUCUUGAAGGGCUUAAGAGGUUGACUUUGUCAUGGGGAGCAGAUAAUAAUGCAACUAGUGGUACUGAUUCUACUGCUUCAAAGAAAAAGAAAGGGACUAAUACUGAAACUGCUUCUCCUUUUAGCCAUCUUGAGAAGUUGGAUUUACAAUGUUACCCUCAUGAGACUACUCCUAAUUGGUUGAAGCCUGAGAAAUUGGGUAACUUGAAGAAGCUCUACAUUAGAGGAGGAAAACUCGGAGGUGAUCUUUGGUACUCGAACUCCAAGAAUGAUGGGAAUAAUGAGAGCUUAUUGAAGAACACGUGGUCCGUUGAAACGCUGCGUUUGAAGUUCUUGGCUGGAUUGAAGUUGGAUUGGGAAGAAAUGAAAGAGUUCUUUCCCAAGUUGUGCUACUUGGAGAAAAUUGAUUGCCCUUUAGUCACUAUGUGCCCUUGUGAUGCCGAUGGAGUUUGGGUUUCUGGAGAUGGUGAUAAUCAGCAGCCUCAGCAAUCAAAAUAAGUAUUCAAGAAGAGUUUUAAUCAAUAAUUAAGUUGCAUGCUCAAUGUUUGGUAGAUUUUUCCUCAUCAUUUUUUUGGCUGUCAUUAAUGGAUUUUGAGUAGACCUGGUCAUAUUUCUUCUUCUCAGCGUUGAGUGUCUUAAUGUUCUGACUCAUAGUAUCAGCCAU